CCCCCCUCGUUUUUUCCUCCUAUUUAUGAAAACGUCACUUCAAGUCCCUCCCUGUUUGAAUCUCAUUAGUUUCUUGUGUGUUUCUCCCUGUCAAUAAUCCCGAAUCCAGACUCUCUCUAUUUCCAUCCCUCUCUAUCUGUCAAUCAGCGCCGCCUUUGAACUGAAAACCACUCCGACCAACUUCAACUCACUCAAUCCGAGCGCCUCGCCUCCUUCUCCGGCUUCCCUUUUCUGCCAACAUUCCCUUCUUUUUGACUUUUCUACCAGGCAGCCAGAGCUUUGGAAAACGCCGAUACAAGCGCCGAAACUUCAACACGGACUUUCUACUCCAUCGUCGCGGGUUUAAAACUUUGUGUUUUGCCCCCUGCAGAAGACAAAAUAGCGCUUGGGCAAAAUGCCGCAACUCAACGGCGGUGGAGGGGACGACCUGGGCGCAAACGAUGAAAUGAUUUCUUUCAAAGACGAGGGAGAACAAGAAGAGAAAAUUUCGGAGAACUCGUCGGCUGAAAGGGAUUUAGCAGAUGUCAAGUCGUCUCUUGUAAACGAGUCAGAAACGAAUCAAAACAGUUCGUCGGAUUCAGAGGCGGAAAGACGGCCUCCGCCUAGAUCUGAAACUUUCAGAGACAAAACAAGAGAAAGUUUAGAGGAGGCUGCGAAAAGGCAAGAUGGAGGGCUGUUCAAGAGCCCACCGUACCCGGGCUAUCCAUUUAUAAUGAUCCCCGAUCUCACAAGCCCCUACCUUCCCAAUGGAUCACUUUCUCCAACAGCACGCACAUACCUACAGAUGAAAUGGCCCCUGCUAGAUGUUCAACCAGGAGGUCUUCAGAGUAGACAAGCACUUAAAGAUGCCAGGUCACCGUCACCGGCACACAUCGUUGGCCCCCUCUGCUGGGAAUACCCUGGACAGUCAGAUGUGAGCCUAUACCAAUUUCAUUUGUCGAAUAAAGUUCCUGUGGUACAGCACCCUCACCACGUGCAUCCCCUCACGCCUCUGAUCACCUACAGCAAUGAGCACUUCACACCAGGCAACCCCCCUCCACACCUACAGACAGACGUGGACCCCAAAACAGGGAUCCCGAGGCCUCCACACCCUCCAGAUAUAUCUCCUUAUUACCCACUGUCACCAGGCACAGUCGGCCAAAUCCCCCAUCCGCUGGGCUGGUUAGUACCACAGCAAGGUCAACCUGUUUAUCCAAUCACAACAGGGGGUUUCAGACACCCCUACCCAACUGCGCUGACUGUCAACGCGUCCAUGUCAAGUCUUCUCUCCUCCAGGUUCCCCCCACACAUGGUGCCCCCCCAUCACAGUUUGCACACCACCGGCAUCCCCCACCCAGCCAUCGUCACCCCCAACGUCAAGCAGGAGUCUUCACACAGCGACAUCAGCUCCCUCAACAGCUCGAAACAGUCGGACGCGAAGAAGGAGGAGGAGAAGAAGAAGCAGGUGCACAUAAAGAAGCCUCUGAACGCCUUCAUGCUGUACAUGAAGGAGAUGAGAGCCAAGGUGGUGGCCGAGUGCACGCUGAAGGAGAGCGCCGCCAUCAACCAGAUACUGGGCCGAAGGUGGCAUGCCCUAUCGCGGGAGGAGCAGGCCAAGUAUUAUGAACUGGCCAGGAAAGAACGACAGCUCCACAUGCAGCUCUACCCCGGCUGGUCGGCACGAGACAACUAUGCGGCUAACCAACAGGGGAAAAGGAAGAAGAGAAAAAGGGAAAAGCAGCAAGCAGAGAGCAAUGAACACAGAGAAUAUUUUCCAAACCCUUGCCUUUCACUCCCUCCGAUUACAGAUGCAAAUACCCCAAAGAAGUGUCGCGCCUUGUUCGGGCUUGACCAGCUGAGUUUAUGGUGCAAACCGUGCAGGAGAAAAAAAAAGUGCAUUCGCUACAUCCAAGGUGAAGGCAGCUGUGCCAGUCCUCCCUCUUCGGACGGAAGCUUACUCGACUCCCCCCCUCCCUCCCCCUCCUCGCUCAUCCCUUCCCCCUCGCCUAAAGAGUCCAAACCUCAGACUGAACAAAUGCAACCUCUCUCACUGACUAUGAAACCGGCCCACCAGCCACUCCACCUGCACCACCACCCGGCGCACCUCCUGUCCGGCCCGCCAUCUUUGGUUCUAGACAACAACAACUCUUCCUCCGCGGCGCCUAGCAAAACGCCCGGCACCUCCAGUCACAACGGGUCCCUGGAGCACGGAGACGUCCCGCCCUCGCGGGGUCAGCCGGGCUCUUCCAUGGGACGUCCUGCAGCUUCGCUCUGUCAUUCCCGCUCGCUGCUCUCCUCUACGGCCUCGCAGCCUCUGUCGCUAGUGACCAAGUCUGUAGAAUAGUCCUUUUUUAGACCUGUCUGUCACCUUCAUCUUCUUUUUCUGUGCCAUUGAGGCGUUGGAAUUUGAGUUUUGUUUUAUUAAAGUUCAUUGGUCAAUAUUUGACCCAUCAUUAUCAAAAGUCUAAUUAUUAUAAAGAAAUACAAUGAGCUGUAGUAUAGCUUUGUGAAUCUGCCAAAUUUUUUAUGAAUUUUGUUUGAUGUAUUUUUUGUAGUGUUAAAACCGUGCAAACAGAAACGUUUAUUUAGUUCCACCUCUAAAGGAUAUAAAGGUUGGCUAGGAUACUCAGCAAGCCCUUUCUCAGAAGCAUUGGUUCUCCUUCUUUAUUUGUAUUAAAUACGAGCUUGCGAACCAAUCCCUGACAUCGACUAAUGUGAUGAGGGCACAAGGCUGGCGUUGACACCUCACCGAGGAACAAUAUUGUGAUGUUACUUGUUCAUGUUUAAAUGUACAGAAUAAGGGGCGGGAGUGUGUGGGGGAGGGUUACUGUUGUUAAAUAUGCAUUCUUCCACUGCGUUGUCUUUUUCUUUGUUGUUUACCUUUUGGGGCGGAGUCAGGUGAGUGGGCGGGGCUUGGUGGGUGGGAAUUGUAAGUUGGGGGGUUAUUAAAUUCAAAAUGUCACAACGCUAGGACCAGUAGUAUUUAUUGCUUUAGAGAUUGCUUGUUGUUCCUUGUACGUGUCUCUUUUUGACUUUUGUUUAUUAAUACAUUGUACAAAUAUUUUUUCUUAAGGUUAAGCGACUUAUAUAUAUAUAUGAAUGAUCCAUUUUUACAAGGAGGAUUUGAAAAACACUAAAAAAAUGUUUUGUUAUUAUGGAUUUCUUUUCCGCGCUGAAAACCUGGAUUCCACUCACAAACAAAAAGUAUGCACAAGCUCAUUUCAACCGAUGCGUCUAUAAGCCAUUUUACAAAAGAAGAAAAGACUAACUUGAAGCCGACAGUGGGCACCGCGUCUUCAGUGGUUGGAAAAAACACCCUUCUUUUUUAUUGCACAGUCCCAUCUCCCAGACUGUAGAUUUGUGUACAGAUUUUGCGUGCCAAAUUUUUGUGAUAAUUUCCCCUGCCCCUCUAACCAUGUUGUAGGGACAUCUCUGUUCAUUUCAUUGUCAUUUUUAAUUUAGACACCAUUCUUUGCUGUGACGUUACAUAGAUUGCUAUGUAUGUAGUAUAAAUGUUGCUAUAACAAAUGUGUUUGGUAGCAAAUUGUCAAAUAUUAAAAUUUAAACUUAAUAAAAAGACGGACAUCAUACUGUAUAAACCCACGCGGGCCAAAUUAUGUAUAUUAGGAGGUUCAUAAAAAAACUAUUAAAUACAAAAAAAUACACAAACUGCCACUUUUAAGUACACUACUACAUAUAGGUAGAUAGAAAAAAUAGGCAUGUUGAUGUUGCAAGAGGCUGUAAAAAAGCUACAAGAGAAUCAUCCCCUCGGUGCCAUUGUAGUUGACAUGACGACUGUAAGCUGUCGAUUUCUUCUCUGGUUUAUUAAGAUGCUAAUGAUAAAUAGUUUGAAUGUUUCCUUAACGGCUGUGAUGUUCCUGUUCUAUUUUAUGCUCUUAUCUUUUCUGUUUGUUUGUUUUUCCUGUUAUUUUAAAAUGGUUCACAAAACCAUGUUUUUGUAAUGAAUAAAUGUUUAUGCUGUACAGUCUCUGUAGCAUGCAGUUCUGUAUUAAUAAAAGCAACUUAGUAUGUG